AUGCAUUUCGUGCACUCCCAGCCUAAACGCAAGACCUUUUACGGGAAAUGGCGGCCUCCGUACUAUCAGGCGAAGACGUGUGAUGAGCAGAUGUUCUUCGCGCGUGGAAAAUCUGUCGGUACUAUGACGAAGCGAUCCAUGGCGGAUAAGUCUCGUUACGUCCAAUUUUCGGGCCAAACUACAGUGCGUAUACUCUCCCCCCCUUCGUCAAGUCUGGUUACCCCUCAUGUCAAGCUUUCGGCAUCCGAUGAGAAUCCGGAAACCAAACUGGAUGCACUUGCAGCAUACGGGCAAAACAAGCCGAGACGGGAGAAAGUCAAGCUACCGUCCGUCUUGUCGGAAGAGUUCGCAGGCGUACCCUUCCGUGGAUUUGCACCAACAUUUCACAGCCUCCCCAUGACCUUUCGCGCGCUGCCGCCGUAG